AUGUAAAGCAAUCACUUAAAUAGAAUCAUUUGCUUAUUAGAUUUAAAUAAAUUAUUUAUUCAUUUCCUAAUGAACAAGCAAUCUAGCUUGUUUAUAAGAGAAAGAAUAUCCAGAAUUUAAAAGUCUUUUGAAAUUUAUUUUGUUAAACAAAUUUAAAAAAGUUAAAAAAGUAAUAAGCUUAGAAUCAGUUUAAGGAAGAUGAAAUUAAAUAUUAUUUAAAAUUUUGAAAUCAAGAAAAAUUAAAUAGAAUAUGUAUGUAUAUAUAUAUAUAAUUAAUUAAUUAGGCAUAUCUACAUUAUUUUUAUUUAACAAUUAAUAUUUUCAUUCAAAAUUGUUCUAAAUUAAAAUAUUUAUUUUAAAAAUAAAUAUUCUUUUCAUUUAUUAAUUAAUCACUCUUCAUUCUAUCAUUUUAAUAAUUCAAAAUAAAAUAAAAAAAGACGAAGAAGAAAAGAUGCACUACAAAUUAAAAUAUUAGUUAGUAAUUUCAAUCAUUAUUACAAGGAAUAUUAUCUUUUAUUGCAAUUUAUUUAUAUAUUUAUUUAUUUAUUUAUUUAUUUAUCUAUUUUCAAUUUCCUUAAUAAGUACAACUCAAAUUGUAGUGAAUGA